AGAACAGAGUCGUCGGACAGGAUGCUUUCCGAGUCCCACCCCGAUGAAGACCCGUCCUCCUCGUCAGGGCCUUCGCCCAGGUGAGGGUCCUCUGCUGCCGUGGCCAUCUUCCAGCAGCAGAGUCAGACAAGGAGACGCUCCACAGAGGAGAGGAGUGAGGGUGAGCUCGAGAUGAAGGACGAGUUUUGAUACACAAGGAAGAGCAAGAGAUGAACAAUGAAGACUUUGGCGAAAGUACAAGGACGGACUCGACAAACUAAGGGAUACAUGGUGGACAAAACUUCAGCAAGGAGAAACUGGUGACGGGUGACAACAAUCAACACACAAAUAUGGAAUGCAAGUUGGCCAGCAGGUCCAAAGUGGCUGCAGGAUGCAUUGCGGAGUCGUAUUCUGUGGCGACCAUCGAUGGUACCAUUAACCCUGUGCCGGGCCUGGCGCCCCUCCAGGCCUCAGACAGCUCCAGCCCGGCUGGCAGAUCGCGGCACCCCGUCAGCGCCUUGAAGAAGUGGUUCACCGCUCCGGUCCGCAAGCUAAACUCCGACUCCAGAGGGGGAGGACGGGGGGUCCAGAAGCAGAUGUACAGGUCAGACGGCAGACAGCAGCCUUCGCUGCUUUCCCACAGCAGAGCUCAGCCGAGACCUUUGGACCUGCAUGAUCGUGACUACACAAUUCUCCCCUCUGCAGAUAUGGUGUGGAAUGAUGGCCCGUGGAGCUGCGAACCUUCGUCUACUCUGCAGCCUUCCCAACAGGAAGACAUAUUGAAAGUCCUGCGAGAAGGAGACGCGAAAAGUCUUAGCCACAAAUUCAGUGUCAACACUCUCCAAGGUGAGGACAACAGCUGCAAUGUGACAGAGGAUGCUGGAAGCCAGUGGUCUCUUGCAACAGAUAGCGAGGAAGAGAGGAACAUUUCCUUUGAGAAGAGCUUAUAUGUGCUGACAGAGCUGAUCGAGACUGAGAGGUUGUAUGUGGAAGAUCUUGGGCUCAUUGUGCAGGGCUACAUGGCGACUAUGGCCAAUCAGGGUGUUCCAGAAGACCUCAAAGGGAAAGACAGGAUUGUGUUUGGAAACAUUCAUCAGAUAUAUGACUGGCAUAAGAGUUAUUUCCUGGGCGAGCUGGAGAAAUGCGUGGCUGAUCCGGACUCCUUGGCGCAGCUCUUCAUCAAGCAUGAACGUCGUCUUCACAUGUACGUGGUCUAUUGUCAGAACAAGCCCAAAUCAGAGCACGUUGUCUCUGAGUACAUUGAGACCUUCUUUGAGGAUCUCAGGCAGCAGUUGGGUCACAGGCUGCAACUCAAUGACCUGCUGAUCAAACCUGUCCAACGGAUCAUGAAGUAUCAGCUUCUGCUGAAGGACUUCCUAAAGUAUUACAGCAAAGCAGGACGGGAUGUAGUGCAACUCCAGAGGGCGGUGGAGGUGAUGUGUUUUGUGCCUAAACGAUGCAACGACAUGAUGAACGUGGGCAGGCUGCAAGGCUUUGAGGGGAAAAUCACGGCUCAGGGGAAGCUCCUCCAGCAGGACACCUUCUCUGUGAGCGAGCAGGAGGGCUGCUGCCUGUCCAGACCCAAGGAGAGGAGGGUCUUCCUCUUUGAGCAGCUGGUCAUCUUUAGCGAGCCAAUCGACAAGAAAAAGGGCUUUUCUUUACCAGGCUAUAAUUUCAAAAACAGCAUCAAAGUCAGCUGCUUAGGCGUGGAGCAGAAUUCCAGCGAGGGCCCGAGCUCUCUCGUCCUGACGUCUCGCGGGACAAACGGCACCGUGACCCGAUUUAUUAUGCACGCGUCCGCUCCGGAAAUACAACAAGCUUGGCUCGGUGACGUGGUGCAGAUUUUAGAGACUCAAAGGAACUUUCUCAAUGCCCUUCAGUCUCCUAUUGAGUACCAGCGAAGGGAGAGCAAAUCACACAGCCUGGGCCGGAACAUGAAGUCUCCAGGUGGCCUGCAGCCGUACUCGUCGGCGUCCAUGGACCGCCACCGACAGCUCGGCCUGCUGUCUUACAACGCCUCCCUCCCGUCACUGCAUCUGCCCCACCACAGCCCAGCUGCAAAAGCAGUUUCUCAUCCGUGUGCCGUGACGGAUCAAGCGGGCCACCUUCGGCUCUCGUCACAGCCACAGCUCGCCCUGAGUCCAAAAGCCGCAGGAAGCCACGAGAUGACAAUUUCUCUACAGCCCUGCAGCCAGGACAGCAUGCAGGUUGUGUGCGCCGCUUUCAAGUCGACCACUUUUCAUGACGGUGAAACUUGAACGCGACAUCCAAAAACGCCCGAGUCCUGGCAGCUUCUGAGGACUUUUGGAUGGAGCGCAUGUCGAGAGCGCAAUUCAAAGCUCCAUCUUUGUCACGUCUCGUGCUAGAGUACCUUUUGAAUGGCAUUCCAAGUCAAUCCAAUUUCCUGUACACAUGGCUGCACACAUGGGCCGUUUGGAUGAGAACUGGUAUUAAAGCGCGGCAGAUUUCCA